ACCUCCCCUUCCCCGGCCGCUGUCAAAGUUGACCGCCGGGCGCUGCGUUGCAAUGGAGAGAAGGGAAGAGGCGCAACAGCACCCGCUGCGGGGGAAGGAGGCGGAGGAGGAGGAAGAGGAGGAGGAGGAAGGAAAGCGGGGGGAUUGAGAUCGCGCCUGUCCCAGCUGCUGGAAACCAGCGCCGCUGAUCCGCGCUCGCCUGGCGGCGGCUGCGCGCCCACGAGAGAAGCCGAUCGCCCCCAGAAAUGCCGCGCUGCUGCUGCUGCUGAGAGGGAGACCCCGGCCACCCCCAGCGGUUCCUGGAAGGGUCUGGGAGCGGCGGAAUUAGCCGGCAGAGCAGGGAAAGGGGGUGGGUGGGUGCCCUCUGCCUCCGAUCCUGCAGAGCCCCGAGGCGGAGCAGCCGAUCUCUCUCUCCCUCCCUCCAUCCCCCUCCCCCCCCCGCCUCGGCAGAGCUUCCGUUUCUCUCCACUCCCCCCCCUCCGCCGCCGCCUCUCCCUGCUCCUCCCGGCCUCUUCCCGAUCCUCCCCAGCCAUGACCAUUCCGGUUUUCACCUCAUAAAGAUGGCGGUGCGGGAUCACUGCAACCUUUAGACUCAUGACUGUCAGAAACAUCGCCUCCAUUUGUAAUAUGGGCACCAAUGCCUCUGCUCUGGAAAAAGACAUUGGGCCAGAGCAAUUUCCAAUCAAUGAACACUACUUUGGACUGGUCAAUUUUGGAAACACGUGCUACUGCAACUCCGUCCUGCAAGCCCUGUAUUUCUGCCGGCCCUUUCGGGAAAAUGUGCUGUCCUACAAGGCCCAGCAGAAAAAGAAGGAAAACCUCCUGACUUGCCUUGCAGACCUUUUCCACAGUAUUGCCACGCAGAAGAAGAAAGUUGGAGUGAUUCCACCCAAAAAGUUCAUCUCGAGGUUACGAAAGGAGAAUGAUCUCUUUGACAACUACAUGCAACAAGACGCCCAUGAGUUUUUAAACUACUUACUGAAUACCGUCGCCGACAUUCUGCAAGAGGAGAAGAAGCAGGAAAAGCAAAAUGGCAAACUGAAAAACGGCAACAUGAACGAAGCGGAAGAGAACAACAAGCAAGAACUCACCUGGGUGCAUGAGAUUUUUCAGGGAACGCUGACUAAUGAAACGAGAUGCUUGAACUGUGAAACUGUUAGCAGCAAAGAUGAAGAUUUCCUCGAUCUCUCUGUUGAUGUGGAACAGAACACAUCGAUUACUCAUUGCUUAAGAGACUUCAGCAACACAGAAACAUUGUGCAGCGAACAAAAGUACUACUGUGAGACUUGCUGCAGCAAACAAGAGGCACAGAAAAGGAUGAGGGUCAAAAAGCUGCCAAUGAUCCUUGCAUUGCACCUGAAGAGAUUUAAAUAUAUGGAGCAGUUACAUCGGUAUACCAAGCUCUCUUACCGCGUGGUAUUUCCUCUUGAGCUGCGUCUCUUCAACACAUCCGGGGAUGCUAUCAACUUGGAUCGCAUGUAUGACUUGGUGGCUGUAGUAGUGCAUUGUGGCAGUGGACCUAAUCGCGGACAUUAUAUUACCAUUGUGAAAAGUCAUGGCUUUUGGCUAUUGUUUGAUGAUGACAUUGUAGAGAAAAUCGAUGCGCAGGCUAUUGAAGAAUUUUAUGGUCUGACUUCUGAUAUAUCUAAAAAUUCAGAAUCGGGAUAUAUUUUAUUUUAUCAGUCAAGAGAGUGACUUGUGAAGACACUUGACUUUUUCCACCCCGAGAGGAGAAACUGACCAACACUGUUAACUGACUUCCAUGUAGACUCAUCCAAUACAGUAUGACAGUGAUAAGCUCAUGCCGAAAUUGUGAACUAAGACUCUCCAUCUUUGACUGGAAGAUCUUUUUUCUUUAGUCUGAAUCUCAUUAACUACUGCAAGAACAAAUUUAUACAGCUCGUGUUCAUUUGCUGAAUCCUGCUGAACUGAGGUAUAAUGUGGCAUAGAUGUUUGCACCACCACUAAGGACCAUUUGUUCUCUGUUUCUAAAGAACCAUUCCUUUAGGCUAGUGGUUUUCAGACCAUGUUUUCAGGAACCUUGGGAUUCCUGAGAUGCCUGUCAGGGGUUCCUCAAUGAGAAGAUGCAAUAGUAACGGUAGACACCCAUCCCUUAAUGGCAGCUUGCCUGCAGCUACCAAUCUUCACCUGUAAAGGGCAGCUGUGGGGAGCACUGGGCUGUGUCCUAAGAGGCACUCUCACCGUUCACACAGGACAGGAGUGAGCCCCAGGAAACCUAGCCAACACUCCAAAUGAAAUGUGCAGCCUAGAAUACCCGACUCUUUUACAAGAACUCUGGCAAAUGCACAAGGGUUCCUAGGCAGAGCAAUCAAUGUGAAAAGUGUUCCCUUAAGUUGGAACGUUUGGGAAAUUGCUGCUUUAGAUACCUACUGAAAUGUAACUCAUAUUCAUGGAUCCUCAAUCUGGUUGGAUUGUGGAUUGUGUCACAUGGUACUCUUCAACUAGAAAACUAUUAUCUCCCGAUCCCCCUCAAGCUUUGGGUCCUGAAACAAUAUCAAAUUGGCAGCCGCAAAACACAACGUCGCUCAGUCCCGUUUGAACCAAAUUCCACCAGUCUUCCUGUUUAUCAUGUGACAGCACAGAUCAGCCAAACUGCUCCUUUGGAUUCCCGCACUGUAAAAGGCUUUAGGAGAUUUUGCACUGAAAAGAAAAGGGGGGGAAGUUGUUCUUCCAUGUUACUUUCACUGUGUGAUGAGUGAUAGUAUCCUUUUAUCCCAAAGAAAUACCACAAAAUGUCCUUGCGUACCUGAGUUUGCACAUGUCUAUAUGAGUAUCAUGCAUGCAAGCAAGUAUUGGUUGUACAAUCCAAUUAAGCAAUAGUGACCAUGAUCCAAAGCUCCAUAGGAUUUUGGUACAAAGCUCCGUGCAAAGAGGAGUUUCUCAUUCUUCCUGGUGUUUGGGGAUGCAUCAUGGGCACAUAAGAGAUCCUACAUGCAGAUCAGAAUCCCUGGAUUUAAGUGAAUAGCCGUCAUAUUACGCAGAGCUCUGGACUUGGACAGAUGGGGCCGAUUGCACUGAGAGCCAAAUUAUGUGGCAUUGCACAAAGAUGUACUACAUUUGUAGCCAUAUGUAAUGAAAAUCAGUUUUUAGGUUCCAUCUGUUUGCCACGCUCUAGUGUGAUGAACGCCGGAAACCUAAAGUAAAUAGGACCUGGUCCAAUUUCAGCUACUCCCAUUAAGUACAAAGAAAACUGGCCCAAAUUGGCAAAGCUGUUGGGUAAAAUACAGAGCUGCUGAUCCAAGAGAAAGGGCAGAUUUUGCUCCCAUCUCGAGGAUAUGCAGUGGUGGCCAAACAUGCUCUCUGGCCCAAACACUGGGUUGCCAAAGUUGUGCUGAGUGAGACUCCCCAUUUGAGGAAAUACGUGUCUCUGCAUGCCACCAGUAGAACCUGCAAUAUACAAAUAUCUCUGGCUCUUUUGCUCAUCAUAUUCGCAGGCAUUUUGCUUGUUGUGUAAUCAUGAAGAGCAUUUGGCCCUGCAGGAAUUAACAGCAUCAACAGCCAUGAGCAAUUUACUAGCAUGAACUUUUGUUUUAAGACUAUAUGAAUGCUUUGAGGUGUUCCCUGUUAGUUAUGAUAAAUGCACUCUAGCUAUUCAAUAGCUGUUUAAAAAUAUUAUUGCAUAAGUCAUGUUUAAAUGCAAAUAUCAGAAGAGGAAUGGGAAUAAUUUCUACUUUGCUGAAUUAAUGGAUCUAAAAUUGCAGAGUUGGAUUGUCUUGACACUUGUAAGGUGCAGUGCAUGGUCUUCGAUCAAAAUAAAAGGCAAAUAAAUACCCUGCGAGAUAUUCACGUUUGCAAUAUAAGAAACGAAUAGGAAUACAAUAAAUGAAUUGUGCAAAAGCUACUUCAUGCUGACAUAUACCCUGGAUUUGUGCAGAUCUGAGUAUGACUUCAAGUGAGAAAAUUCCAGAAGAGAUGUACAUCAUUUUUUCUAUUUUUUAAAAAUAUGCAUGUAUUUAUUAGGAAAGAGCCCCUUUUAGUACUUUCUGAAUAGAGAUCUAAUUACAGUUUUACUACUGUGCUGCUUAUUUUGCCAUAAUUCAACACUGUUGGAACUUGCAUCUUGGUUUUCCAUCUGGGAAUGAAAAUCUUUCUUGUGCGCAUGUGUUGUGUACCUUUGUUACAUUGUGGUGAUCUUACAGUAUUAGUGAGAACACCGUGUACUGUGCAUUUGGGACAGGAAACAGUGCAUUUAGAACUACUUUGUAGCACCUUACAUGAGCAUAAUUGGAUAUUCUUUAAAGUGCCAUAAACUGUUUUAUCUUUGCGGUGAUCUAACAGAGUAGAGGGAGAGUCUUGCUUGCAUGAAUAUUCCAUUUAUUCAACAGGGCUGUGGGUACUCUGUGUACAUAAACAGACACCUAUACAUAGAUUAAUAAAGCCUGUGUGUAUUCCUGACCACUUGAAGUCCUGCUCAGACCCAAUUUUGACAAAUUAAAUUUUAUAGCAGGCAUUCCCCACAUCUUUUCCAAACAUGUCAGUGGUAAAAAAGAUUAGAAAUAUAUAUAUUUAAAAACAAUUUGAAGAAUUCUGACUUCUCAACAAGAUGCCAGAUCCCACCCUUGCACAGUGACGUCAAAUGUAUAAAAAUAUACAUAGUCCUGAAUAUAGCAUAAGAAGAUUCAUUCCUGAUCAGACCAAAGGUCAAUCAGUUUCAAACAGUAGCCAACCAAAUGUCCCUGGCUAGCUACAAAGGCAAUAGCUCUUGCUUGCUCGUCCCCAAUAUCUGACACUCAGUAAUAUAUUCUGAAAAAGAGUUAAUUAUCACUAAUGUCCUUCGAUUCACCUAGGCCUCAUGGAUUUGUUGAAUCCUUAAAUAUAUAUAUAUCAAUUUGAGUGAUUAACUCUGUUCCUUUUCAUUUCCCCAUGAUUCAAUAUCUAUGUACCUAUUUAUGUUCUGCUAAACAUCAAAAAACCAUUGACUCAAUAAUACCAGUGAUAUUAAUUAUCUAGAGCUCAGUAUUUCAGGAAGGCAAAAUGUACACCUUUUGUGUUCAGUGCAAGAACACAAUAUAAAUACAUCAAAGGUCCCUAUAUGCAGAAUGCUUGAGGGCUAUUUAAACGGAAUAACUGAUGCUAUUGAGUUACUGUGAACAAAUACGUUAGUCUGCAGGUUCCUGACUAGGCUACUCGCUGAAGCAAAGGAUGGAAGUGUUGGGUUUAUAUCAAGAAGACCUCGAAUUGUGCCUGUCGUCUUUGUCACUGCACACACACAUGCGUCACUUGAUUCCUCAGUGGUUUCUUUCUGACAGCUUGAUAUGUCGAUCGACUCAGACCUGUUUCAGAUGUAAUGGGAAACCCUCGUCUUUUGUUGUUCCAAGGAGGAGAUUGUGGACGCGCCUACUCCUGUUUUAAAACAAAACACAGAUUCCCAUUAUGCAGAAACUAUGGUUUGUUUAAACUACAGUUAGGAAAUAAACCAGGAUUAGAAACCACAGUUUCCUCCCAGCUUUCAUUUUGUUUUUGGAACUUAUUGGAGUUUAAACAAAUCACAGUUCCCCAAGUUUCUACAUAAUGGGAGACUGUGGUUUGUUUAAAACUAAUAUUAUGGCCACAAAAGAAGCAAAGCGGGAGGAGUGUGUGAGCCCAAGGCUUAUCAUACUUCAUUCACCUAGCUGGACAUCAUCUGAGAAGCAUUGCACUUUAGGCAAUGAUGUGAAAGUUGUGUCGCUGGCUUUUGAUCUGUGCUAGCACAUUCACAUCUGUGAGGCAUCAUUUGAUCAAGUGAUUAACAGGCAUGUGUACAGCAGCCCACAGCAUGUAGAUCUUGCCUCAGAAUACAGAAUAUAGAAACUAUUCCUUAUGUUGGGACUGGAACAAUGCUAGCUUGUCUCAUCAGUAGCUGGAAUCAAUGGGGCUCUUUCCAUUAAAGCCCAUUUACAUCAAAAGACAACUGUCCUAUUGACUCCCAUGGGGUUAGGAUAUGAUCCUUUUGUGAAUGAAAUCCUUUACUUGCUUUGCUAUAUUGCACAGCAUUUCUCUCGACCAUCACUUUUCUGACAAGCUAGGCUGCUCUGGUUGUGGUGAAUAAAUGCACUUUCUAGUUCAGUGUUAAUCAGUGUAAUACAGAUGUUUUGUACAUUGCAAAGGUUGCUGCCAAACAUUUUAAGGAUAUAUGUUAAACCUCUUUUUAAAAUAAAUAAAAAGAAGCUAGUAUUAAUGUAUAACUGGAAUGUUUGGAGCUGAUGUUUGUAUGGACAGAAUUUUUGCAUUACUGGUGAAUAUUUUUUAAAAAAACAACUUAGGGGUUAGGGUAUAUCUGUGUUUUACAUUAACUACAAUAUUCUUUUUGUGGCAGGUAAUAAAGCCAGAAGAUGGAAAUAAUAUUUAAAUAUUUAUAAUAUACAGUUCAACAUGUUUUUUCCUUGCUGUAUCUCAUGAUUUGAGUUGGAUAAUAAAUACAGAUAAUUAUA